AUGCGUACCUUCAUGGCUCCACGUUGGUAUAUGGAGAGGUGCACCGAUGUGGAAAGUUGCGAAACUCGAGAGCGAGCUUGGUUUGCACACGCAUUAGCGGUUCGCGCACGCUGGACAUUUUUCUCAAAUUUUUUUUGUUGCAAAUUUUUCAUCCUCGUCGAAUCAGUUAAUUUACCAAAUCAAUUUGGGAGACGAAAAAUGUCAAAGAUCACCACCUCUCACGUCCGUGAGAACGUCCAGAAGUUGUUGGCCUACUCCAAUGACACCAAGAAGAGAAACUUUUUGGAAACCGUUGAGUUGCAAGUUGGUUUGAAGAACUACGACCCUCAAAGAGACAAGCGUUUCUCGGGUUCUUUGAAGUUGCCUCAGGUCCCAAGACCUAACAUGACCAUCUGUAUCUUUGGUGACGCUUUCGAUGUUGACAGAGCCAAGUCUGUUGGUGUUGAUGCCAUGUCCGUGGAUGACUUGAAAAAGUUGAACAAGAACAAGAAGCUCAUCAAGAAGUUGGCCAAGAAGUACAACUCUUUCAUUGCUUCCGAAGUGUUGAUCAAGCAGGUUCCAAGAUUGUUGGGUCCUCAAUUGUCCAAGGCUGGUAAGUUCCCAACUCCAGUUUCGCACAACGAUGACUUGUACUCCAAGGUUACCGAUGUCAAGUCCACCAUCAAGUUCCAAUUGAAGAAGGUGUUGUGUUUGGCUGUUGCUAUUGGUAACGUUGAGAUGGACGAAGAUGUCUUGACCAACCAAAUCAUGAUGGCUGCUAACUUUUUGGUUUCCUUGUUGAAGAAGAACUGGCAAAACGUUGGUUCUUUGGUCAUCAAGUCCACCAUGGGUCCUUCUUUCAGAAUCUACUAA